ACCUGGUCGGAAACAUUAAAGACAUACUCUUGGCGGGCUCGUUCAGCACGACUUCUACCAUGUACUGGCUCUUUGUGAAUUUCGCUGUCAAUGAGGACACCAUUCAGGCUCGUGUGCAGCAAGAAAUCGACGAAGUGGUUGGUCAGCACAGGGAGCCAACGUGGGAAGACAGGAAGCGAAUGCCGUACACCCAGGCUUGCCUGUGGGAGAUGGGACGGUGGAAAACCGGAACACCCCUAGGAGUGCCCAGAGAAGCAAGCGACGACAUCGUGGAGCAUAACAUAUUCAUACCCAAAGGCACCGUCAUUAUUUUCAAUCUAUGGGCUGCACACAAUGACCCCACGUACUGGAAAGAGCCCCGUCGGUUUGACCCGGGUAGAUUUCUUAACGAAGAAGGAUCAAUCCUACAGGAAAGACCUCCGCAUCUGAUGCCAUUUUCAGUCGGCUGGCCAACUUAUUAG